CUCUUCUCCACUUUUCCAUAUACUCUUUCUUUUUACACAUGCGCUUUGGGUCUACUUGAAUCAAUAAUCAUCGACUUCCUGCUUGUAUUGCCCUUCAUUCCCAUCCUCAAACCCUUUUGCCGAAUAAUGCACACUUCUGCUACCCUGGAAACCCAACCAGAGCCAUGGAUUAUGGAUUCAUCAAUCGACCGUUCCCACUCACCAAAUAAAAUGAACCAGCUGGGAGAAGAGCAACAACUCCCUGACUACUCUGCAUUAAGUGCUUCAACAGUAUCCACCCGAGAAUCCCUAUCACCCGGGAGCAGUAUAUCCACUGAGAUGUUGUCUGCGAUACAGCACACAGCACAUCAUCGUCAUCAUCAUCAUCAGCAACAACAACAACAACAGGAGGAACCGCAGCCAUGCGAUAAUUUAGCUAGUAACAAUGAUAUCACCAUCGAUACCAGCAACAACAACGCUCGUCCUACCAUCACGAAUAGUCCUGCAGCAGAGAAAAAUACAACGCACACCAUCAUCAUGCCUGCCUCUCCCACUCGUCGACGUAGCAGCGGGGGUCAUCAAACCGAAGGAGGCAGCAUCUUUUCUCGUUUGUUCCGUCGAUCUUCACAGGCACAUACCAACAACUCCACUGCUACUAGUAAUACUUCUACUGCUGCUUUUAGCAGGCCACCUGGUCCUCAUGUAGGACGGUUGGCAGAAAAGUAUGGCGAGUAUGUGAAACCUGAACGAUCACAUAAAGGAUUGGGUGCAACGUCGCGAAAGAAUAUCGCUAGCGGUGCAACAGCUGUCAUUCGACUCAUACGAUCAUUGGACGGACAAAGUAUACUAGCCAUAAAAGAAUUUAAAAAGCCAGAUCGUAACGAACCCGAACGCGAGUAUCUUAAGCGUAUGCACAACGAAUACUGCAUUAGUAAAUCAGUGUCGAACCACCCAAAUGUUGUGGAGACGCUGGAUCUCGUUCUUGACGAACAAGAUCGAUGGUGCACCGUUAUGGAAUAUUGUGCAGGCGGCGAUCUAUUCACAUUGAUGCAAGAGCGGCCGACGAUGCCAUUUAUGGAGCAAGCCUGCCUUUUCAAACAAUUGCUUCUUGGACUGCAACAUUUGCAUCAGACAGGCAUCGCGCAUCGUGAUGUCAAACCCGAGAACCUGAUCUUGACGACAGGAGGGACACUCAAGAUAGCCGAUUUUGGUGUGGCCAACGUCGUCAAGGCACCGUUUCAACGCGAAGCACAGCGUUGCAAGCAUUGGUGCGGUUCUUCCCAAUUUUGGUCGCCAGAAAUCUGGACACUCAAGGACGACAAUGAUGGUUACGACGGUCAGGCGCUCGACGUCUGGAGUACAGCAGUUACCUAUUUCUGCAUGCGGUUUGGAUAUCUUCCCUUUACGGCGGCAUUCUACAAUGGCGUUGGCCAUUUCCCACCGCCACCUGGUGCCAAGCCUGGCUCACCUGCUGCUGUAGCGGCAGCUGCUGAAGACGGUGGUGACCCAGAGUAUGGGUUAUACUGUAAUCAGCGCGAGGAAAAAGGUCCGCUUCAGUGCGAUCUUUGGAACGGUGGCAGCGAAACGCAUCUGCAGGCAAACAAUAAGCAGCAUGUCAACAUGUCUGAGCAGGAGCGCGUGUGCUUGGCUGGUAUGCUUGAUGUGAACCCGGUUACCCGCUGGACGGUUGAUCAGGCGCUGGCAUGCGAGUGGAUGUCGAAUGAAAUCGAAAUGUGCGAAGACGGCGCACUUCCCAACGGCUGGCGACACUACCAUACCCUCCCUUGACACUCGUCUACUCAACUGCUACAAUGAUGAUAGUAACAAUAAUAAUAAUGACUCUGUACAGUUAACAUCGAUACAUAUUAUCCAUAUAUAUUAUUACUGCAUCUUCUCAUAAUAAUUCUCAUAAACUGUUUCCCG